CUGCUGUAGUCGCGUAGUGAGCUAAGAUGCUUGAAUGACAAUAAAACUUAACACAGAAUCAGCGGAUCACUUCAGUCGUAGUGAAUUAUCGUUGAAUGUAAGCCGAUUUCAGAAGUUAGAAUUUUUACAAUUAUAGAAUCCGUACUAAGAAUCAAACUUAUCUUGGAGUGCAAAUAUGGAAGAGUGUCGAGAGAUCGCGAAAUUUAUUUUGUUGAGUUCGUUUAUUGUAGUUGCAUGUUGUGCCAAGGAAAAGACCACAACGGCGCCACCGAAUCUUUUGAACAUAGUUGACGACAUAAUUCCAGAUGUCGAGAAUUCAACCCAGAAAGUGAUAAGAGUCAAUACAGUUGAUUUGCCUCCAAUCGUUCAAGAUGAUAAGAACGGCACCGAGUCAUCGUUGUAUAACAUUCAGUCUCUGCUUCCACCAGUUCCAGUUUAUUUGUCAUCGAAGAAGUUCCGCAAACCACAGUCUGCUCCGUCAUCUUUAAUUGAAGAUUCUCCCAUAAUCCGAUCACAACCGGCAGUGAAGCCCUCAAAGCCAAAGAAGUCCAAGCAAAAGCAUUUGCAUUUCCUGUACAAUCAGCCAGACUACGAUGGCAAGAGCAUUGGAAAAAGGAUGAAAGUUCGAGUGGCGCCCGGGGCAUACCCGAUUUACUACAUUUUGGCUAAAACAAAUGGCCAAUUCCGUAAGCAGCCCAUCAAAGGAUUCCGCAAUGAAGUUGAGCUGGAAAAGUACUUCGAGAAGGUGAAAAAAGUCGAUAAGUUUGACACAAUUAGCAGAUGAGUCGUCUCUAACUACUCCAAAACCACAAAAGGCCAAAAUAAGAUGCUAGUUUAUAGUAAAAAAAUAGAAAAAAAAAACAUUAUUGCAUUAUGUAAAUUAUUACAACCCACGAUUAAUUGUCGUGCUUUAAGUAUUUUUUUAUUAUGAUGUAAAAGUGAUUGAGCUUGAGACUCAAGGAAAUGUGAAUAGAUUGUAAUUAAUUUAAUAUUUUUUUAUUUUUACAUAAUAAUAGAUUUUUUUAAAAAAUGUAUUCUCAUUUAAAAAAAAUAUACAUAUGAACAAUAAACCGGGCACAAUGAGUUAUAGUUGUUGGUGCUUAAAACUAUUGACGAUGCGCAAUUAAAUUAACUUAAAAUAAUAAAAUGAUAAUGAAUUUAAGAUUGA